AUGGACUCCCUCGUUCUGAAACCCUUGAAUUCGAUCGAGACUCACCUCUCCGCCCUCAUCACCUCCUUCACCCAGACCAACACCUUCGCCAACGCCCCGCAACUCGCCCGAGACCUCAUCUCCGACGACGACGACCUCGCCUCCGCGCUUUCCCUGCUACAACGCCAUCAGCAGAACUACGCCCGCAUCCUGCACCUCCGUGCCGAGGCCGCGAGGUUACAAGAGCUAUUAAAGGACACGAUUCGAAAAUGCGUGUCCUUCAGACAGGAGAUCAGCCACAUUAACCCGUCGAUCCUCGAUGCGGAUUCUGACGAGGAAGAAGGAGGAGGAGAUGGGGAAGUUGCGAAAGUCGACUACCACACCCUCCUGCCCUUCGCGGCUAGGAUAGGCAAACACAAUACCAUUGCGGCGCGGGAGGCAGAAGCCGAAUCUCUACGGAGGAAGAUCGCUGCAAAAAGCAAGGACCAAACAUCACCACCAGCACCACCUGCAGUCUUAAAUGGCGUCGAACCCCCACUGGCUACAGGUGAUGGCGCAGCUGAAGAAGCGGCGGCGGUGGAGGCCAGAGAUGAGACCCAUACAGCCGAAACAACCGCGGAACUUCUGCGCAUAGACAACACGAUCGCCCUCCAGCGCGCACAAAUGGGCAUGUCCUUCCCCGAUGCUGGCAUCUUGCGCGUCGGCGCGCUGGGACAACUCCAGCUCUUCAUGGAGCGACAGCGACAGCAAUCGGCAGGUGCAGGAGGAGAAAACGAGGCCAACAAUAAGGCUGUGCAGGAGGCGUUGGACAGAGAAGUGGAGAGGCUGGUCAGGGAGACGGAGGACAUUGCUGAGGAUACGGGUACCGGCACGUUGGGCGAGGAAAUGGCAGAAGACACCGCUUUCUCUCCUGCAGAGUUGAAGAGAUUCUCGACGUUCGAGGGGGAGAGAGGUCAAGACACUGCCACUGUCACUGCCACCGCAAGUGCAGCAGGCCAGCCUUCGACGAGUACGAGUCAAGCGCAGCAGGUCCCCAGACCUCCCAAGCCACCGCAGCCGAAGAGGAAACUUAAUUUGGACCUGGACUUUCCCGAUAGCGACGAGGAAGAUGAAGAUUAA